AUGAGCGUGUGUCCGACCCCCAUCCGCUUAGGGCAGUCGGUAUACCCUUUCGUUCUCCUCGUUCUGAUUUUCGGGCAAUGGGGCUGUAAAAAAAGGGACACUGACGACUGUUUGCCACCCGUGUACUCGAACGUCGACCUUGAGAUUCUAGACCCCUCCCAAUCCCCAGUAUGUAUGACACAAACCGUCCAGUCGCGGCGUAACCUCACCUUCCCAACCAAACUUACCUCGGCCCACCGGAAAAAGGCCUCGAAUUCGGGUUAUGCUCGCACGCAACAACAAAAAAGCGCGGUAGAAGACUGUCAAACUUUGAACACCCGUCAAACCUUCAUAAUUAUUCAAUGGACCUGUCGAAUGAGCCUCUCCUGUGACGUUUCCAUGCCUUCCCCUAACGCCCAAUCGAGUAAAUCGAAGUGGGUAUACGCGCAGCACAGAGCACCCUUUGAGGAUCUUUGA